CGCGCGCGACUUUACACGCGACGCAAGCUCGACCUAAACUUACCCCGAUCCGUCAGGAUCAGGUGAACGCGAUGAACGACAAUCGUUCGAUCGUUCAGAUGUUAUGGAGAAAUUUCGAGGGAUGGUAAGGACGUGAUCAUUUCAUCCGCGUGAUUAUUCUCCUCCUGGGUUAAAACGAGGACUAAAAAAAAGAAAAAAGGAACCGAUCGUCAAAAUUAUGUCUGUUGUUGUAAUUGUUCCCAUCGCGUCGCACUGCUUUCGAUUCUUCCGAGGAAUAACGUGCUGGCCACAUCGAAAUACCCGUAACUAGUAAAAUAAAUUGAAGAUUUUUAAAAACAGGGAAGAAUCGAGCGAUCAAUUUUUUGGAAAAUGAAAUUUACUUUCAAAGAAGACUUUGGAAUCAGUAUUUGAAUGAAAUUUAAUCUAAAAAAUUAAUAAAACUUGUCACAAAUUUACAGUGGCAACGGAAAAAUUUACAGGGAGUUGAAGAUAGAAAUUUUCGAAAAUCUCAUCAUAUCACAGUACGGUGCGAAUUCACUCAUCGGCCGUUCACUUGCGAAUAAUAAUUCAUUCGUUCACCAGAUGGAUCGAUGAACCAUUUUGGGAGUUUCGUUCCGAAAACAAAUAGAACGAGGUUCGGUCAUGAUACUUACAGGAACUUCGACGCGUGGUGACGUGACGACGUAUACUUAUAACAUACUAUUUCGCGUUGGCAAAGGAAUUUUUUGAACGCAAUCGAAGAAAAAUUGAAUAAUUAAUAAGGUAAUUCAACGCAAGUCCUACUCGGUGUUCAACAGCAAUAUUUCUGAGAAAAAUAGAAAUCUAUAUAAGCAUUAUACGUUUUACGAUAUAUAUGAGCGCAAAUUAGUAAAAUAAAUUACAGGAAGUGUAACGUAGCGGAAAUGUGUGAAAAAAAAAAACCCUAGUAAUAAAAUGUGAUAACAGUAAAUUGAAAAUGAAUCAAUAAAUUCAAUUAAAUCAAUGCACACGAUAAACGUUGAGUUAAUAGUUCGAAUUAUCGGUUGAAUUUAUCGGGAUACAAUUACGCAGUUUCAAUUAGGUAAAAUUAAGAAACGACAAUUGUGUGAAGAUGUGUUCGAGUCGCUGAACUAUGUCAAUAUCGAGAGGAUAGAACAGAAUUAUUUGGAAUUCACGCAACUACCCAGUGGCGCAUAUAACUAAAAAAGUAACGAUAAUAGUGUACCACAUAUCAAUGAAGUUCAGUGUCAGAAUAUUCGUUAACGCGAUAAAUCGGGAGAAGAGUUAGAAAUUACAAAGCGGUGAGAAUCGCUACUUUGGUCUUCGGAUGUACAGAUAACGAAUAAUAGAAAACGCAAAUUUCAAGCCAGAGUCACGUGAUGAAAUUGACGUUCUCAUAAAUUUUGAAACGGUUGGAAGCACAAAAGUUGAAUAAAGAAAAAAGGAACAAAUUUCUCCACCCGGAGAGCAAAGCACGGGACGACCUACUAAGAGACCAAAGAAAUUCCCGAUCAGAAUUCUCGGCAAUUAAUUCAGCACGUGUCUCGGAAGAUCGGGCGAGGGGGUGGAUGAGUACGGCGGCGUAAUCGCGUGCCGCGAAAUCUUCCCUUUGAACACGUUGUGCGAUACCGUCUCAUACAGAAGAUGGACACUUCGCCGACUCUCAGCUUGGGUGGCUCGCGUGCCAGAGCCGCCCUCCUGGCUACCACAGGAACCGGAAGUGCCGACAGACGGGUCGUCUUUUUGGCAAGCCAACCGAACACCGGAGGACACGAUACAAGAACUUGGCCGCAUCAUUGGUCGCCGCACAUGACUGGAAACAAUCACAAAUCCCCGGAUAAUUCUCCACAUUCGGAGCAAAAAUUCAGGAUGCAAAAAGGGCAAGUGGAGUGGACGAACGAGCCGGCGACAUCGAACAACGUGGUCCAUCGAUCGGUAUCCCCGUCAAUAGCGGGCCCAUCGGCAACAACAAGUGCGAGAAAUAACGAAUCCACGACGAACUGCAGUGGGUUCAGACUUGGCGUCUACGGGUGGAGAAAACGAUGCCUGUAUUCCUUGGUGUUCGCGCUGAUGGUGAUGGUCAUUCUGAACAUGGCGCUGACGCUCUGGCUCAUCAAAGUUAUGGAAUUCAGUUCGGAAGGAAUCGGUUCGUUGAAGGUCGUUCCUGGUGGAUUGGAACUCAGGGGACAAGCGACUAUUCUGGAUGCCCUGGUUGCAUCUUCUGUCAAAUCGAGAAGAGGGAGAAAUUUAAUUUUGGAAUCUUGGAGCAACUUCACCGCCUCAGCGAGGUCCCAUGACGGACGUUUACUGGCCAGGUUCACGUUGGGGGAAGAUCGACUAGACUGUCUGUCCGAGGGUUUUCGUGUCACGGACCCUCGUGGAGAAGUUCUUUUUUCUGCGGACAAAGAGGAAGUCGUGGUCGGGGCUGAAAUGCUCCGAGUAACAGGUGUGGGUGGUGCCGUCUUCCGAGGAAGCGUCCAGACUCCAUUGGUUAGAGCGGAAUCGGGUCACGAUCUGAGACUGGAGUCGGCGACGAGAUCUCUGGACAUCAACGCGCCACAGAGCAUAACGAUCGAAUCGCAGGCGGGUCAUGUGACGGCCUCGUGUUUGUCGGAUUUGAAGCUGAGAAGCACAAACGGAACGGUGAAGGUCGAUGCAGCUUCCGUAUUUCUCGAGGGUCUUCGAACUGCGGAGCCAAGUUUGGGUCGUUCCCCGAGGGAUCAACACUCGGGAAGCCUCGAAUACUCGGUGUUCACGGGACACGGUUCCCGUCAAAGUCAGAGCAAACUUCCGGUUUUUCAGCUAUGCGCUUGUUCUACGGGCAAAUUGUUCCUCGCAAGACCCGAAGGUGCUUGUCACGCCGACGACGCCGUGUGCCGGUAGUUUUUCAGCUACUCCCCACCAAACAGAGGUCUGCAUUACAUCACGUGGAAAUGAAACAAAAAAAUAGAAAUUAAAAAAACGAAAUAUAUCAAGUUCAUAAAAUCACGAUUGUGCACGGAUAAUCAAUCGGAAUACCAUCACAAGCGAAAGAUCAUUAAGUUUUCCAACUAUGAAUUAAACAAAGUAAUAAUAAUAAUAAUAAUAAUAAUAAUAACAGUAACGAUAAUAAUCAUAAUAUUAAUAUUAAUAAAGCACAUAGAUAAAAGUGUCUUUUUUCUAUGGAGGACAACGAGCUAUCCGAUAAAAAUAUUUUCUAUACCAAACCGCAGGUGUUUAAGCAGCCGAUCGAUGAAUUCAGCGGACGAACUGUGAAAACCGCUGUUCGCUGGUGAUGCGGAAUUUGAUGAAUAUCGUAAGAAUGUUGACGAGUGAGUAAGAAAUUUUGAAAAACUGAUCGAAUAUAUAUAUGAAUGCGGGAAUUUCCCCCUUACGAUUGUCUAUCGCGCAUACCUACUUCAGACGAUACGUACAAUUCCGCGUUUGGUUAAAAGCACAAAGACUUUGGAACAUAUUACGUGUGUACAUUGAUAUAGAAAGAUAUAUUUCAAGCACGUAUACUGUAAUAUAUUGACUGAUUACAUCCUUCGUAUAAAAAAUGAAUAACUGAUCCAACCGUAAUAAUAGAUAUAAUUUCUUAGGUAAGAGAACGGCAAUGACGUCGAAUUAUUUUAUUCAGAAUAUUGUAUGUUCGAUUACAAAUUAUACGUAUAGUCGAGUUAUGUUCUCAAAAUUAAUAUGAGAGUGUGAAAUCAUCGACGAUAGAUAUAUUGAUAUUUCGACGCCUCAGACUAACGAACAAAACCCACAAGUUUAGAAAGAGACUAAUGAAAAUACGUAGUCCGAUAAAAUUAUAUUGCCAAAAAAAAAAAAAGAAACAGAAAAAAAAACAAAUGGAAAAAAUAAAACACAAAUCGUAGAUGAGCCGUAGUUCGAAUUUUGUAGAAAUAAGGCAAAAAUAGUUUGUAAAAGUGAAGAAAAAAUAACGCAAUGUAAUUAUUUGUGUUUAAUGACAUUUCCUUUACCUAGGAAAAACGUGAACGAUGUUCAUUGGCAAAAUGUGUUUGAUUCGAGAACAUGAAUGAAAAAGAAAAAAUGAAGAUAAACCAUUUGAGAAAAAUUGUCCCGAUAUGUAUAGGUAUGUUAACGCUUUCUCCAUUGUUCAUACCGCUUGUUAAUUUGUAAACCAAUCUGUAUACAGUAGAUACGAGGACGAAAUAACUGAAGAACGAAGGAGAAAAAAAAAUUAUUACCAAUAAAAAUUAUUGAAAAAAAAAAAAAAAAAAAAAAUAGAAAGAGAAUUGAGAUUGGUGAACAUUGCGAGAAAGCUCGAUGUGUACCAUUGUGUAUGUAGAAAAAGUCGCCGACGCUGCCAAGCGCUGUAUAUCUUGUAUAUCAAUAAAAAAAAGUAUGCGAUUAUCGUUA